AUGUCAGGCGACGGUGGCGACGGCAUCGCCGAGUUCACGGCCAUCACCGGCGCCGACGCGCCCACGGCGGCCUUCUUCCUCGACUCCUGCAACGGCGACCUGCAGUCCGCCGUGGAUCGAUUCUUCUCGGAGGGCGACGCCACGACUCAUGCCCCGAUCCCCGCCCCGCCUGCCGAUGAUCAACCGGAGCCGAUGGCCGAAGAUCAUGGCAAGGGGCAAGGCAUGCCGGCGGCCAAGUCGGGGCCCGCGAGAUCGGCGUACCAACCCGCAGGGGGCAAUGUCCGAGGGCUGUUCGACUACGCGGAGGAGAACGGGGGCAGCGAGGAUGAUGAGGGGUCCGGGGACGGGGACGACGACGACCACAACGAGUACUACACCGGCGGGGAGAAGAGCGGGACCACGGUGAAGGGGAGGGGCCGGGACAAGGGGCGGGACAGGGUGGAGGGGCUGUUCGACAGCGCCAAGCGGCACGGCGCGGUGGCGGGCACGCAGGAGGACAUCCGGCCCGAGGGGGCCGGCGGCGUGAGGGCGUUCACUGGCAGAGCGCGCACGCUGACGGGCGGCGACAGCCACACGGCCCCCGACGCCAGGGAGGAGACGGUGGCGCACACGAUCACGUUCUACGCCAACGGGAUCUUCACUGUCAACGAUGGCGAGCCCCGCUCGAUCUCCGAUCCAUCCAACAAAGAGUUCGUGGCCUCCCUGGCAAGGGGUGAGUGCCCACGCGAGCUUGAGGUUGUUGAAGGGCAGCCUGUGAACGUCAACUUGAUAAGGAAGGAAGUGGACUACACCCCACCGGAAAAGCCAAAAUACGUUGCUUUUGCUGGUGAGGGCCAGACCCUGUCCGGUGGAGCAUCCAGCUCCCAACAGCCACCUCCAGCUUCGGGGCCAUCUGGAGUGAAGCCGGGUGGGGAAUGGGAAGGCCCAGAUGAGUCCAAGCCAGUGACCUCGCUUCAGGUCCGGCUUCACGACGGAUCGAGAAUGGUCGCAAGGUUCAACCACUCACACACAGUGCGGGACAUCAGGAGGUUCAUAGCAGCCUCCAGGCCUGAUUUCCCUGUGGCAUAUUCGUUGAUGACAGCGUUUCCAUCCAGGCCACUCAUGGAUGACAGCGAGACGAUAGAGGCGGCAGGUCUUGUGAAUGCUGUUAUAAUUCAGAAGCUGUGA